GACGUGAGGUCACGCCAACGUACGAAAUUCAAACUUGUGGUGACAGAAAAAGAAUCUGUAGCGGUGCAUCGUUUCAUGAUUGUUUACUGAUUUUUUUUUUUACCUCCACCCUGUUGUUUUUAUUCUCACCAGGUAACGUGUCGACUUUUCCAAAAAGUUUUCGCCACAGCGACGUGCAAGCUGUAUUAUUAUUCACGUUAGUUAGAGUUAUCUGCACUUAGCCGAGCCUCCGAGCUCUCCUGAAAUAGUGAGUAGAAAGAGCAGCAGCUGGGUUCGUUUUUAACACCGCUGUUCCAAACCCGUCUCUGACCGCAGGGCUGGUGUUAUCGCUCGCCUGAAGAGACGAGAAUGCCCGUGGAAAGAACUGAGCUCCGUGGAACAGACGAGCUUCAUAGAUACUAUGAGGUUUACGAGACCAUCGGCUCAGGAGGCUUCGCUAAGGUCAAGCUUGGUCGACACAUUCUCACUGGGGAGAAUGUUGCCAUUAAAAUCAUGAAUAAGAAAGAUAUGGGGGAUGAUCUGCCCCGGGUGAAGGUGGAAAUUGAGGCUUUGAAGAAUCUGAGUCAUCAGCAUGUCUGUCGUCUUUACCAGGUCAUAGAAACUGCCACUCAGAUCUUCAUGGUGUUGGAGUACUGCCCAGGUGGGGAGUUGUUCGACUACAUCAUCGCCAAGGAUCGUCUGUCAGAGGAGGAGACCAGGGUGUUUUUCAGACAGAUCGUUUCUGCCAUGGCCUACAUCCACAGCCAGGGAUAUGCACACAGGGAUCUCAAACCGGAGAACCUGCUGAUUGAUGAAGACCAGAACCUAAAGCUUAUAGACUUUGGUCUCUGUGCCAAACCUAAGGGUGGUCUUGGUUCCGAAUUGAUGACAUGUUGUGGAAGCCCCGCGUACGCCGCCCCAGAACUCAUCCAGGGAAAAGCAUACAUUGGUUCAGAGGCAGAUGUUUGGAGUAUGGGUGUGCUCCUCUUCGCUCUGCUCUGUGGAUACCUGCCUUUUGAUGACGAGAACUGCAUGGCCCUCUACAGGAAGAUUACGAGAGGGAAAUACGACAAUCCCACAUGGCUCACUCCAGGCAGCGUCCUCCUCAUCAACCAGAUGAUGCAGGUGAACCCCAAGCGACGUCUUGCUGUUCGACAGCUGCUGGAUCAUCCCUGGGUGAUGAAAGACUACAACAGCCCGGUGGAGUGGUACAGCAGGCGGCCGCUGGGUCACAUCGAUGAAGACUGUAUCACUGAGAUGGCAGUCAGCAUGAAGCGGUCAAGAGAGAGCACCACAUCACUGGUGAAGGAGUGGCGAUACGACCACACCACUGCCACCUACCUGCUGCUGCUGUCAAAGAAACAGAGGGGAAAGCCUGUCCGCCUGCGUCCUCAACCUGCCGUCUGUGAGGAAUUCUGCUCUCCUUCACAUCAGGGAUCGAAGAUGAGAGAAGCUCUUCAUUUUAGUGAGGAUGAAGAUGCUGUGAUUGUGGGUUCGUUGGACUUUUACUCAGAGUACAUUGAUGAUUGUCCUUGGCCGUCAGUCGCUCACCAUCAGUCCCCAGGGGUCAGAGGUCAGCCAGACAGAGUGCCAAAUGAAAAAGACAAGAAACUGGUGUCUCCAUCAGUGGAGAAAAGAUCUGUUUACAGUCCAACACGGGACAGGGGGCGGAAGGCUACACCCCACCGACCGGAGAGGAGGGACAAAGACCGUGAACAUGCCACUGAAAACAAAGAGAAUCUUGUGACUCAGGAGAAGGACAUUGACAUUUUCGCUCUGCCUCCUCCUCGUACCCCAGUGUCUUCUAGGAAGAAUCCUCGACACAACAAGAAUGUGUUGACCACACCCAGUCACAACACCAACAUCAGUGGAGGCAAAAUGAGUGCAGUCUCUCCCAAAGGUGGAGGCAGUGGCUCCAGAGAACACAACAAGAAGAGAACGGCAGAGAACAAGGAGCCUGUGAACACUGACAUGCUGCCCUUCAGUCCUGAGAGGAGAUCUCGCUCUUUAGACAUGGCUGGAUCAGGUGACAGUGGAAAGAAGAAGAGAGGAGGAAAAGUUUUUGGCUCUCUGGAACGAGGUCUGGAUAAGGUCAUCACCAUGCUCACUCCCAACAAGAAACGUGGCCUGCGUGACGGCCCCCGCAAGAUCAAGGCUCAGUACAACGUGACCCUGACGAGUCAGACGAACCCGGACCAGGUUCUCAACCAGAUCCUCUCCAUACUGCCCGAGAAGCACGUGGACUUCACACAAAAAGGGUACACGCUGAAGUGUCAGACCUGGGGAGACUUCGGUAAGGUGACCAUGGCGUUCGAGUUGGAGGUGUGCCUGCUGCACAGGCCGGAGGUCGUUGGAGUUCGACGGCAGAGACUAAAGGGAGACGCUUGGGUCUACAAACACCUGGUGGAGGGCAUUCUGUCUACACUGAGUAUCUAAACGCACUUUUCUCCUGAGCAUAUCACUUCCUGUUUCCAUUGUAGACAUUCUUAGCAAUAACCCUUUCAGUCAUUUAUUUUAAUGUAUAGUUGAAAUACUCCUUAGGCCAGGCUGCUCUCUCAGGAAUGCAUGUGAUGAUAUAUUGAAUUAGUGUGAUUUACAUGUUGAGAUCUUUUACUCUACUUCUUGUUUCAUGUACAGUGUUGACGUUUUAUUUUUACCAUAAGCAUUAAGCCGAACAGAAUCAUCCUCCUGGGGUGUUUGUUUUG